AUGGAGAAAAAUCAUCAAGAUGUUUUCACCCUUGGAGAGAUGGAUCAAAAUGUUACUCAUGGUUCUGAACUAGCUGACCUAAAUAAUCUGAAUAGAGAGCCAAAUGCUUUGACAGUUUCUACUUCCCCUGACAUCAUAGAGACUCUGGCUCAAAAACCUACUGAGGUUACUUAUACACCAGGGAAACAAGAAAAUCAGUUAGGAGCGAAUAUGGAGAAUCAAGGUGCAAAUGCUCAUAACCAGCUGAUGCUUUAUGAUCCUGCUGUCGCCAUUGCUGCUUCUCCUGUUGCUGCUGAGGUUAAACCUCUCCGUGCUCGAAAAAUGCCCUUACCAAAUUAUGCAUCUAGGGCUUUUCCAGAUGGAGGAGCAUUCGCUGUGCAGUGUGAUAAAUGUUUCAAAUGGCGGUACAUACAUACAAAAGAGAAGUACGAAGAAAUAAGGGAACACAUCUUGGAACAUCCAUUCUAUUGUGAAACAACUCUUGAGUAUAAAUCAUGUGAAAAACCACCAGACCUAACUCAAGAUGGAAGCAAGCUGUGGGCAAUUGAUAAUUUUAACAUUCCUCGGCCUCCUCCAAGAUGGGAACGUCUUUUAAGACUCAGAAAAGAAGGAGGCACCAAGUUUGCUGAUGUGUAUUAUGAUUCACCAUCUGGGAUGAAACUUCGUUCCAAAAUUGAAGUUGAAAAGUACUUGGAGCAACAUCCAGAGUAUGUGGCACAAGGUGCAAAGCUGGACAUGUUUUCAUUUAAGACCCCAAAACCGCUACAAAAAGAAUAUGUCAAGAAGCGUAUUCCAACCCCUUCAGAUGAUAUAAAUCGUGUUUAUGAUGUUAAUCCUAUCUCAUGGGCUCGUCCGAAUGGGAGUACAAGUUUGCAUAGCGGACCAGUGCCAUUUACACCUACUGUUGCAGCCCCACUACAUGUACCAGAUGGUAACUCCGAAGAAACCUAG